AUGGCGUCGGUCACCUGGAGUUCGGGCCGGGAGUUCGGGCAGCGGCUCCCGCGGCGGCGGCUGCGUGUUGGUCCCCGUUGUACAAUGAAGAGUGAUCCUUACAAACCUGGAAGGGCAGAGGCCCCGGUAACUCAAGAACAGGAGCCCGAGCCCCUCAAAGUGGACAAGAAUUUAGCUCAAGGUGCCGCUGGACUGUGGACCACCUACCGUGAUGGAGCUGUCCUCCUCCGGCUUUCAAAGCAUGGGCCUGGCCAUGAGAUCCCUGUGACCAUCCCUGAACUAUUUCAAGAGUCAGUCGACCGCUUUGGUGCUUAUCCAGCCCUGGCAACGAAGAACAGCAGAAGCUGGGACACUCUGAGCUUCAGUCAGUAUUAUGAGGCCUGCCGCAAGGCCGCCAAAGCCUUGAUUAAGCUGGGCUUGGAGCGCUUCCACGGUGUCGGCAUCCUGGGCUUCAACUCGGUUGAGUGGUUCAUUGCGGCCCUCGGGGCUAUCAUGGCAGGGGGCCUCUGCGUUGGCAUUUACGCCACCAACUCUUCGGAAGCUUGUCACUAUGUCAUCACGCAUGCCAAGGUGGACAUCCUGCUGGUGGAGAACGACCUCCAAUUACGCAAGAUCCUCUCGAUCCCACAGGAUGGGCUGGAGACCCUGAAGGCAAUCAUCCAGUACAAAGAGCCCAUGACCAGCCGCGACAACCUGUACUGUUGGGAUGAUUUCAUGGAGCUGGGCAACUACGUUUCUGAGGUCCAGCUGGACCGCAUCAUCUUGAGCCAGAGAGCCAAUCAGUGCGCUGUACUCAUCUACACCUCGGGGACCGUGGGAAAGCCCAAGGGCGUGAUGCUCAGCCACGACAACAUCACAUGGAUGGCUGGGGCGAUGGUGAGGGACCUGGGGCUCAACGAGAUGUCAGGGAAGCAGGAGAUGGUGGUCAGCUACCUGCCCCUCAGCCACAUUGCUGCCCAGAUGAUGGACAUUUGGAUACCCAUCAAGAUCGGGGCGCUCACGUUCUUCGCUCAACCAGAUGCGCUCAAGGGCACCUUGGUGAGCACCUUGCAGGAGGUCAAGCCGACCGCCUUCCUGGGGGUACCCCGAAUUUGGGAGAAGAUACACGACACAAUCGAAGAAAACAUCGCCAAGUCGUCGGGCUUGAAGAAGAAGGCAUUUGCUUGGGCGAAACUGAUUGGUUUGAAGGUCAACACCCAAAGGAUGCUGGGGAAGCGGGACAUCCCGGUGAACUACCGCAUGGCCAAGGCCCUGGUGUUCAGCAAGGUCAAGCAUUCCCUGGGCCUGGACCGCUGCCACUCCUUCGUCAGCGGGGCGGCGCCCCUCACCCAGGAGACCUGCGAGUUCUUCCUCAGCCUGGACAUCCCCAUCUGCGAGUUCUACGGCAUGAGCGAGACCUCGGGGCCCCACACCUACUCCAACAGCAGCAACUACAGGGUUCUCAGCUGUGGCAAGAUCCUGAGCGGGUGCAAGAAUAUGCUGUUCCAGCCCAACAAGGAUGGCAUCGGGGAGGUAUGCAUGUGGGGCCGGCACGUGUUCAUGGGUUACCUGGAGCGCGAGGAGGCCACGGCAGACGUGAUCGACGAGGAGGGCUGGCUGCACUCGGGGGACCUGGGCCGCAUGGACAACCAGGGCUUCCUGUUCAUCACGGGCCGCAUCAAAGAAAUCCUCAUCACUGCUGGUGGCGAGAAUGUGCCCCCCAUCCCCAUUGAGACCCUGGUGAAGGAGAAAAUCCCCAUCGUAAGCAACGCCAUGCUGGUGGGAGAUGGAGCCAAGUUCCUGAGCUUGCUCCUGACGCUCAAGUGUCAGAUGGAUCAGAAAAGUGGGGAGCCCCUGGACAACCUGAGCUGGGAUGCCAUCGACUUCUGCCAGAGUGUGGGCAGCCAGGCGAAAACCGUGCGGGACAUCGUGGGUCAGCAGGACCCGCUGGUCUACAAGGCCAUCCAGCAGGGCAUCGACGCCGUGAACCAGGAGGCCACCUCCAACGCCCAGAGGAUUCGCAAGUGGCUCAUCCUGGACAAAGACUUCUCCAUCCAAGGCGGGGAGCUGGGUCCCACGACCAAAAUGAGGAGACAUUUCAUAAUCCAGAAAUACAAACCGCAGAUCGACACUCUGUACUGCUGA